AUGGCCCUUGGCGGUGGCCCUACUAAGGGAGCUCCAUCUGGUGGCGUUGAGAAUGGAACUGAUAAGGCAGAAGCCACUGCCUUCGACACAGUUGUGGAAAUAUCUAACCUCCUGGAGACAGGUUUGGAUAAUGAAGAACUGUUGAUGUGUACCAAACUGAUAGAGUCAGGUGUCAAUCCAAUAGCCUUGGCGAUGUCUAUUCACACGAUCAAACAAGGUCAGUAUAAGCAGACCUCUACCCGGAAAUAA